AUUCAUUAAAAUAUGAUCCACCUCCCUCUUCUUCUAGUGUUUAUAAACAUGAUGAUAAUGCUUGCUUGCACUCAUAAUCAUCAAUCAAAUUAUCAUCACCACAAGUACCCCCAAAAGAGUUCAACAUGACUGGCUCUGGUUCUCCUUGUGGUGCCUGCAAAUUCUUGAGAAGAAAAUGUGUGAGGGGUUGUGUUUUUGCACCUUAUUUCUGCCAUGAACAAGGUGCUACUCAUUUUGCUGCCAUCCACAAAGUUUUUGGCGCCAGCAAUGCCUCAAAGCUCCUUGCUCACCUCCCUGUGAGUGACCGGUGUGAAGCCGCGGUUACAAUCUCAUAUGAAGCCCAAGCUAGGCUUCAAGAUCCCAUUUAUGGCUGUGUUUCGCAUAUUUUCGCGCUUCAAAAACAGGUUGUGAAUCUACAAGCACAACUAGCUUCUCUAAAGGAAAUAGCAGCUCAAAGCUUUCCCAAUCCCACCACAAAUGCAAACCCUAAUGAGGGACUCUAUGGGAAAUUUCCUUCCUACUCACAAGAUCAUCAUCAUCUUCAGAGCUGGUUUCAGUCUGAAACUUCAAACAUGAUGCCACAAUUCAAUCCAAACCAAACCAGUAGUGUUGAAACCCUUUCAUGUUAUCAGAAUGGGCUCAUGGAGUACUCUACGGAAGAUCAUGCAAAUUCAGUCAUACCGGGCGAAAAUGUUUCUUAUACUAGAUUUGAAAGGGCUUCUCAUUCCAUGGAUUCUCGGUGGACUUUUCAAGAUGAUACCAAUGAUCUUCAGGCAGUGGGCUUUGAAUAUAUUCAGCAUUAAUUCAAGAGGGAAGGGAUUGGAGCGAAAGGUUUAUCAUAUGGGGUGAAGAUUACUCUGCCAAUUUUGUAUUAGUACUACUGCACACUUUCUACACAAGCACUUCUGCUGCUAUAUAUAAAUAAAGUAGGAACCCUAGAAAUAUUGUUCAUACAAAUGGGAAUGGUAUAAUCCAUCCCAUGAUUGUUUCUUAGAUCGUGUGUCAUUGAAUAUGAGUAGAAUAUUAACAUAUUUUUCUGAAAAAAGUGGCUUUUUAAAGCUAAUCAUUCUUGUUUAUGGACCUAGGUAGCUAAGAUAUAUCUAAAUCUUAGACGUAAUCAAGAAAUGGAAACCUACACCAUCAAAAAAAAAAAAAC